UCGUUAACAGAGCUGAAUAUACUCCCAAAAUGUACGUCCCUGGAAUAAUUUCUGAAAGGAGAGAAGUUUCUAGUUAUGCUUUUUGAAGAAGAAGAUGGCCAGCCAAUGCAAUCAAAGUCAGUCUAUGUUUUCUGACAACUCCCAUCCAGAGGAAUACAAAAUUGCGGCACUGAUCUUCUACAGCUGCAUCUUCACAAUCGGAUUGUUUGUUAACAUCACCGCCAUAUGGGUCUUCAGCUGCACGACGAAGAAGAGGACGACGGUCACCGUGUAUAUGAUGAACGUGGCACUGCUUGACUUGGUUUUCAUCCUCUGCUUACCCUUUCGCAUGAUCUACUAUGGGAAGGGAAACUGGCCUUUUGGAGAUGUUUUCUGCCGGAUUAUUGGAGCCCUCACCGUGUUCUAUCCAAGCAUUGCCCUCUGGCUUCUGGCUUUCAUCAGUGCCGACCGGUACAUGGCCAUCGUGCAGCCCAAGCACACGAAAGAGCUAAAGAACAUAAGCAAGGCUGUGCUCGCCUGUGUCGGAAUCUGGAUAAUGACUCUGGCAAGCACAACUCCAUUACUCUUUUUAUACGACGAUCCGGACAAAGAUCCGUGCACCUGUCUGAAAAUGCUUGAUAUCAUCCACUUAAAAAGGAUUAACAUGCUCAACUUCACUCGGCUCAUUUUCUUUUUCCUGCUUCCUCUGUUUAUCAUGAUCGGAUGCUACUCCACCAUCAUCCACAGCCUCAUCCAUGGCAGGAAUUCUAAGCUGAAACCAAAGGCCAAGGAAAAAUCCAUACGGAUCAUCAUUACUUUGAUCGUGCAAGUUCUUGUCUGCUUUGUGCCCUUCCAUAUCUGUUUUGCUUUCCUAAUGCUGCACGGCGGAGAGAACAGGUUCGAUCCAUGGGGGGCCUUCACCACGUUUCUCAUGAACCUCAGCACGUGCUUAGAUGUUAUCCUGUAUUACAUUGUUUCUAAACAAUUCCAAGCUAGAGUAAUCAGUGUCAUGCUCUACCGUAAUUAUCUCCGAAGCGUGCGCAGGAAGAGUUUUCGAUCAGCCAGUUUACGGUCCCUGAGCAACAUCAACAGUGAAAUGAUUUAAGAGCCCGCGGACGUUUUUUUAGCGAAUUUAACAACUGAAGCCUGAAAGAUGUUCCAGUGAGAAGUACAUAAAAUCCACCGCAUUAUAAGAUUACCUCGAUGAGGAAAAACUUUCAAAAUAAGACUUAUCUUCAUCUUACAAUAAAGCCAAGUCUUCCUUGUGAUUUCAAUUACCAUGUUCUAUUCACUACUUUCUGGUGUCCUGGCAAGUGUGGAGAGGAACCAAAGACAGGAGACGUCAUCUCUACCACCUGAGGUUCCCACUGAUCUGUUUUUCUCAUGCAGACAAUCUUAAUUUCUAAGGGUUCACCUUGAAUCCACUUUCCUUUCCCAUAUUGAAGCUUGGGAAUGCCGGCCUGGGAGGCUGAUAUGAUUUUUCAAGCUCUGGCUUGGGUGAGCUGGAGAGUUGUACUCUGGACCACAAAUUCUUUGCUUCACAUUUGUUUCCUAGCCCUUGGCUCAUUCUUACGGGGCCUCUCUCCCAGAUUCCCUCUGUUUGACGACAACCACAUAACACCCAACCU